UUAAUGUCAAAUAUCGCGGUAGCUACCUCACAAAUCACUACGUAAUGUGCCGUGCUGCUUCUAGCGGCGCUGGUGACAGUGCUGAAAGCUGUUGGGUAUGAAGUGAAACAGAACAGAAUUUGUGUACCAUCCGCAACUGCUUCAAGUUCAGAUCAUAGCAAAGAAACUCAAGAUCAGCCUUCCAAAACAAGCAACGUGGAAACACUGAAGAUGUGUAAAAAUAAGAGGAUCACUUCAAGGGUUUAGAAGACAAGAAGUAACCAAAUCCUGAAAUGACCAAAGAAGACACGUCAGCCCAACUGAAACACGGAAGAGAAGCAAACCUAUGCCCCAGCAUAUUUUGAGAAGUCAAUAACUGAUCUGAAACCAGAAGUUUGUGCCUACUCAACAGCUUUGACAAAGCACACGUCCCAACGCUGCUCCUAGCCCUCCUCAUCCUCACCACACCACCAACUCACCACUGGGGUGUGGUGUGGGCUGCUAUCUGCUAGUUGGGUUUUUUUUCCCCCUUGGUUCCCCCAUCUUUCCUUCCUCUCCUUCCACUGUAUUCAUUGUAAUUUUUUUCUAAGCAGUGUUAUUGCACCUGUUUGCCUUUUUUGCUCUAGAUUUCUCCCCCCUUUUUGCUUUAUGCAACCAUCUAGAACGUGUGCCAGAAACCUGUAACAAGUGUGUGUGUUCGGCUGUGUGCAUGAAGUGAUCUGCAGGAGCUGCAGUCAGAGAUCCAGAGAAUUAGCAAGAUUCAAGACAUCGAAUAAAAGACAUCCAGCGGUGUGUCAUUGGGUGGUUUCAUAAAAAUAGUACUUAACAGUCAAGCAAAAAAUUUAAACAAAUAAUCAAGUUCAGCAAGUGCUCAAGCAAGUUUGGUCCGAGUUUAUGGGAAAAUAUGGGCAGCCCCUGGAAAGGCUUUGUUGAGUUUACCUUGCCUGCGUCGCCACCCACCGCGUUUGUUAGCGCUGACCUGAGCAGCACCUCCCCUGUCGGACUCAGCCUGUCGCCAUAUGGUCGAUCUAUGAGUUUCGACCCCGGCAUGCUCCAUAGCAAUGGGCACACUGCAUAUGCCAACGGCACAGGGCCUGGAAUUAGAGAGACUGGUGUGGUUGAGAAGCUCCUGACUUCAUAUGGAUUCAUCCAGUGCUCGGAGCGUCAGGCUCGCCUCUUCUUCCACUGCUCCCAGUACAAUGGCAACUUGCAGGAGCUAAAAAUAGGAGAUGAUGUAGAGUUUGAGGUAUCCUCUGACAGGCGCACUGGCAAGCCCAUAGCAGUGAAGCUGCUAAAGAUAAAGCCAGAGGUGCUGCCAGAGGAACGCAUCUCGGGCCAGGUGGGGCCAGACCUGCACGCCUAUCCCUUUACUGUGCUGCAUGGUUAUAUUCAUCCAGUUGUCUCAGCUAUUCCAGUGCACUUAGAUGGAAAGUCUGCUCCUGGCCAAGUGCCUACUGGCAGUGUUUGUUAUGAAAGAAAUGGGGAGGUGUUCUACCUUACCUACACUCCUGAUGAUGUGGAGGGUAAUAUCCAUCUGGAAACAGGUGACAAAGUCAGCUUUUACAUGGAGACCAACAAGCAUACUGGUGCAGUCAGUGCUCGUAACAUUCAGCUUGUGAAGAAAAAGCAAACAAGGUGCCAGGGUGUGGUGUGUGCUACAAAGGAGGCCUUUGGAUUCAUUGAGAGAGCUGAUGUGGUGAAGGAGAUCUUCUUUCACUACAGCGAAUUCAAGGGUGAUCUGGAGGCUCUGCAGGCUGGAGAUGAUGUUGAGUUCACUAUCAAAGACAGAAAUGGUAAAGAAGUAGCCACAGAUGUGAGGCUGCUUCCUCAAGGAACAGUCAUCUUUGAAGAUAUCAGCAUUGAGCAGUUUGAAGGCACUGUUGUCAAGGUCAUUCCCAAGGUUCCCACCAAAAACCAGAACGACCCUCUUCCAGGUCGUAUCAGUGCCCGCAUUGGUUUUACUGACAAGGAACUGCCAUUUGGUGAGAAGGACACAAAGUCCAAGGUGACCCUUUUGGAGGGAGAUCACAUCCAGUUCAACAUUUCCACCGACCGCAGAGACAAGCUGGAGAGGGCUACCAACAUAGACAUCCUCCCAGACACUUUCAGCUUCACUAAGGAGACCCGUGAAAUGGGGGUGAUUGCAGCUAUACGUGAUGGCUUUGGCUUCAUUAAGUGUGUGGAUCGGGAUGCCAGGAUGUUCUUUCACUUCAGUGAAGUACUGGAGGAGAGCCAACUGCACAUCUCGGAUGAAGUGGAGUUCACUGUUGUGCCUGAUAUGCUGUCAGCUCAGAGGAACCAUGCAGUGCGCAUCAAGAAGCUGCCCAAGGGCACGGUGUCUUUCCAUACCCAGUCUGAGCAGCGCUUCAUGGGCAUAGUGGAGAAGGAAGUUCCAGGGGUUACCAGUAAAAAUAACAGUCCCACCAAGAGCAAGGAGAAGAAAAAAGACAAGGUUAAAGUUGUAGAAAAGGAGUCUGACGAAGGAGUGAUUGCAUAUGAAGACUGUGGAGUGAAGCUAACUGUGCCAUACCAUAACAAGGAUCUGGAGGGAGGAAGUUAUCCGCAGGUUGGAGACAAGGUGGAGUUCUCCAUUAAUGAAGUGAAGCGAACUGGCCAGCAGAGUGCAGUCUCUAUCAGGGUCCUUAAUCGUAACACUUCCAAUGCCAAGAGACUGCAUGGAUUCGUUGCCACACUCAAGGACAAUUUUGGUUUUAUUGAGACAGCAAAUCAUGACCAAGAGAUUUUCUUUCAUUAUAGUGAAAUGUGUGGAGACUUGGAGAGCUUGGAGCUGGGUGACACAGUGGAGUAUACACUCUCUAAAGGAAAAGGAAACAAAGUCAGUGCUGAAAAGGUUACCAAAGUGGCUGCAGUGAAUGCCAUUGGUGAGGAUGUUGGUGCCACAGUGAUGAUGGGGAAAGUCAUUCGUCCUUUACGCAGUGUGGACCCCUCCCAGACAGAAUACCAAGGGCUUAUUGAAGUCGCAGAAGAAGGUGGAACUAAAGCCCAGAGUUAUCCCUUUGGAAUCAUGGGUAUGUCAAACAAGGCAGAUUGCCUGCAGAAAGGAGAACUUGUGAAGUUUCAAGUUUGCACAGUAGCCCAGACUGGGCAGAAAAUGGCUUGCAAUAUAGUCCCUCAGCGUAGAGCCAUGGUGGAAUGUGUCAAAGACCAGUUUGGCUUCAUCACAUAUGAAGUCGGUGAGAGCAAGAAGCUGUUCUUCCACGUAAAAGAAGUGCAAGACGGCCUGGAGCUCCAGUCUGGGGACGAGGUAGAGUUCUCAGUUGUCCUCAAUCAACGCACAGGAAAGUGUAGUGCCUGCAAUGUACGCAGAGUCAGCGAGGGGCCUAAACCAGUGGCAACUCCCCGUCCUGACCGUCUGGUGAACCGACUGAAGAGCAUCACUCUUGAUGAUGCCAGUGCUCCUCGCCUGGUCAUUGUAAGACAGCCCCGUGGGCCUGACAAUUCGAAGGGCUUCAGUGUGGAACGCAAGACUCGUCAGCCUGGUGUCAUCGACUGAGCAGUAUAGAGUCGUCACCCUAUUUGGUUUUGGUGAGAUGUCCCAAAGGGCAACAGCAGGGGAUAAGGCAAUGUCAUAUGACACAUGCUUGUACACACAAGCUCAUACGCAAACUGCACGCAAACAUACAGUAAUUGGGAAUGUAAUCCACCCCCUCCCCCAUCAAUACCUGCAAGGGAACAUUUUCUGUUCCACAGUUUCCUGCCUCCAAUGUGUGAUGUAAAGAGCUCUACACUGCAGUGUACAUGGGAUCUGUGUGUGCAUGUGUGACGUAUCUAGAAGUGAUUAUAGUAUAUAAUGGAGCUAUUUGUUUCUGAGGGCGUUGUCUCUCCAAAUCAGAGUGAUGACUGUGUGUGGUUGUCUGUGUCCCUGCAGUCUUUUGAAUCUGCUUUGUCUGGAAUUCUGCACCUGUCAUCAGUCCAGUAGCUUGUCUGGGUGAAUGAGUGUGUUGGCAUGUCUCUGAGCUUUCUUCUGUUUGUUUUUUGUUUUGUUUUUUUCUCAUAUCUGCUCCUUUCCUCAUGGAAACUUUUGAAAUGGUUUCAUUAUCAAAUUUCUAUUGUAUGCUGUCCUACAAAACACAUAAAGCAAAGUUCCCUCCAUAAGGAGGAUCAUAUUUCUCACAUGUGCAAGCUUAAACUGAGGAUACUUCUCUGCUCUGUUUUUCGAGCAGUUUUGAGAUGCUUUAUUUGAAGAACUGGCAUGAAAGCAUGGUGUAUGUGUGUGAUGUGAAUUUCAAAGUAGCUAAUCUAAUGGGAUUUACUUUUACCAAUCUGGAGCCUUUAGAUACCAUUUUGGUAUUCACAUGCUCCACUUAAGCAACUUUCCCAGGUGCAGAAUUCCUUGUGGCAUCUUAUAUCCACAGUUCUUUUUGUAUUUUUUUUUUCUCCCCUUGCACAUAUCUUUUGCUUUUUCCCCACUGAAACUCAAUCUGCUAAUACUGAAUUAAGAAUAAGGUGCCUAAAACAACAAGCAAAAUGAAAGGCGGUGUGG